AGAAAACAUUUCAUGUUUUUGCAGAGGUUUUUAUUCUGCUUGAGCAAUGUUCGGAAGAUUCCCCAGCCCAAGCAAGACUUGCAAAUGAGGGUGAUUGGCAAGAAGAGGUCUAUCAAAAGAUCAAAGCCAUGAAGGAGAUGUACUUACCUGAGCUAAGUGAAAUGUAUUGGAAGAUUGCUACUAAACUUCAACCGCACGAUUCUCUUCCACAACAACCAAAGUCAGAGCGGCUUGAGAAGCUAAAAAUGUUCAAAAACAUAUUGGAGCGCCUCAUAUCAGUUUUACAUAUUACCAAGAGUAGCAUUUCACCUGGUUUGAAAGACAAGUUGGGUUCAUACGAGAAUCAGAUAAUAAAUUUUAUUGAUACAAAUACACCGAGGAAGCAAGGUCCUCCUCUGCAACAAGGGCAGCUCUCGCGACCUCAUUGCCGAGACCAGACCGGACAUGCAAACGGGAGUGCUUCGAAAGAGGAGGUCUAUCAAAAAAUCAAAGUCAUGAAGGAAAUGUACUUAACCGAACUAAGUGAAAUUUAUCAGAAAUAUGCUACUCAACUUCAGCAGCCCGAUUCUCUUCCACAACCACCAAAGCCGGAGCAGCUUGAGAAGCUAAAAAUGUUCAAAACCAUGUUGGAGCGCCUCAUAUCAGUCUUACAGAUUUCCAAGAAUAGGAUUUUACCUGGUUUGAACGGCAAGUUGGGUUUAUAUGAGAAGCAGAUGGUGAAAUUUAUUAAUAUAAAUAGACCGAGGACGGAAGUUCCUCCUCUGCAACAAGAGCAGCUCCCCUCACCACAUAUGCACUACUCCAUGCUGCAGCCUCAAUCUCAAAUUACUCAAGUGCAGUCUCAUGAAAAUCAAAUGAACCCGCAGUCGCAAACAAUGAAUUUACAAGGUCCUGUGCCAACAAUGAAGCAGAACAAUAAUAUGACAAACUUGCAGGAAAAUUCAUUGUCUUCUAUUUCUGGGGUUUCAAGUUCAACAGCACAGCAGAACAUGAUGAAUCCAUUGCAGCCGAGUACAAAGUUGGAUCCAGGACAGGGAAAUGCACUGAACGCUUUGCAGCAAGUUCUGUUGGGAUCUAUCCAGCAAACUCCUGUCAAUGUUUCCCAACAAGUGAACAUGAAUGCCAUGUCAUCACCGAGUGGGUUUUGUAAGCUACAGUCAAAUAUUAACUCCCCUCAGUCAAAUUCUGGUAUGCUUCAACACCAGCAAAUAGAACAGCAGAAACAGCAAAAGCUUCAGAAUCAACUGAAGCAACAGUAUCAACAGCAAAUGCAGCACCAAUUGAUACAGAAGGUACUACGGCAGCAACAGCAGCAGUCACACUCUCAUAUUACUCGCAUGCAUCUUAAAAAUCAAAUGAACCAGCACCCUCUGACAACAAUGUUGCAGAGCAACCUGGUGUCUGCGGGCUUAAAACGAGAUAGGCAGGAAACACUUCAAGCACCAUUUCAGGUAUCAAAAUCCAUGCGUCCGUCACAAUUUGCAAUGGAUCAGGCAAUGCCGUUAUCUCAAUCUCAAAGAUCCCUAAAUGAGGCACUAUCAACAUCUCGAAUUGCUCGAUUGCAUUCUGCAAAUCAGUUGAACCCAGUGCAGUUGCAGUCAAUGCAGUUUCAAGGUCCUAUGGCCAUGAUGCAGCAAAGCGAUAUGACUAACUUGCAGAAGUUUUCAGUGUCUUCUUUGUUGGAUAGCUUGGAUUAA